UGUCCCGGCACGGGGCAGGAGAGGGGAGCUCCCAGCACCUCCCCGCAGCACCAAGGCUCAGCUCCAAGCUCAGGGAUUUCUUCCCUCUUUUCCCUGCCUUUGAAAGCUGCUGGGGGAGAUGUGAAGCCUACACAUACCUGGAAGCCCCCCAGGCACUUUCCAGCUGGAAAGAGGUGAGAAGUGCCAGCAGAGCCCUCUCAGCUCUCAGACAAGCCCCGGGGCUCACUCCAGGUCUCCGCUGUCGGGAAGUGAGACCCCAUGGCCGGGGAGCCCCGCAUCCCCCCCAGCCUGCAGCGCUCGGGGCUGAAGGCUGAGGAGAAGACCCUGGACUUCGAGUUUGAGCUGCUGGGGGCUCAGUUCAACCGGCGGGGCCGCUACGCCCUGCGGCUCAGCGUGGAGAACCCACUGCUGCGCGGCCCCGCGGCCGGCGUCCUGCUGCGCGUCGGCAGAGGCGAUGCCGUCCCUGCCAGCACCGGCACCACUGACAUGGUGGAGCAGAGCCGCCUGGGCGAGGUGUGCUCCUUCCGGAGGAAGAAAUUCACCUUCACACUGCCCAGAGGUUUCUGCAAGAACGACAAGAACCACGACGUGCGGCUGCGCAUCGAAGCCCUGCGCUCGCCCGGGAGCCCAGCGAGGAGGAGGAGGGUGGGCGAAGCCUUCUUCGCCAUCUAUCCCCGCCCCCCCCAGCCUCGCACGAAGCCCCCGGCCGGGCGGGAUGAGGACUGGUACCGCUGCAGCGCGGUGGCGGCCCUGCUGCGGGUGGGCAGCGAGCAGCCGGCCAUGCACUGCGGCCACCUGGCCUUCGUCGCCUCCCUGCAUGAGCACCGGCCGCCUGCCGUGAGGUCCCCACCGCUGUCACCCCACGGCCAGGAGAGGGGACAGCAAGAAGAGGACACAGCCCCAGCACCCAUGUCCCCAGCCGUGCCGUCCCCUGAAGCCCCCCUCUGCACACCCGAGUCCGCUUACCACUCGCUGCCCACUGAGAUGCCGCAGGCUGACCCUGCGCUCAGCUCCUCCCCGGAGCUCCCGGGUGACUCAGCAGGCGAGCAUCCCUCCUCCUCCUCCUCUUCCUCCUCCUAUUCCUCGGUGCCACCGCUGAGCUGCGGCAGUUUCCGCCUCUCCUCGCCAGGAUCCAGCCCGGUUCCGACCCCGUGGGCAGCACAGCCCCACCAGGACACCGUGACCCUGCCGCCGGCUGACACCGUGGGCAGCGUCCUGCCCGGGAUGCCACAGAGGUCUCGGGACGUCCCCAGGGACCUCCAGCAGCGGGAGGCGAGCAGGUACCGCCUGGCGCUGAAGCGGAUGGCGGGCGACCUCCUGUCCCUGCGCCGGCACGUCACCAGCCUGGAGGUGGAGAACGGGCACCUGCGGCGCAGGCUGGCCGGGCGCGAGGAGCCGGGCGGCGCGCUGCUCGCCGACGUGGACGUGGACGUGAUGACCAGGGAGGAGGUCCUGGACCGCCUGGCCACCCUGAAGGGCGAGCUGGUGUCGGGCACGAUGGAGAUGCGGCGGCUGAAGGACCGCGUGCAGCGGCUGCAGAACGAGCUGAUCCGGAAGAACGACCGGGAGAAGGAGCUGGUGCUGCUCCAGCGAGCCCACCGGCAGCAGCAAGCCGCCCUCAGGAGGUGCCAGGAGCAGGCGGCCAGGACGAAGGGCCUGGAGGAGACGGUGAUCGAGGUGAUGGAGCGGGUGCUGCAGGACAGGCUCUCCAUGAGCACUGAGAAACCAGCAGGGGACCUGCACUCCCUGCUGCUGGCUGAGAACCGCAGGCUGCGGGAGGAGCUGGCGAAGCCCCCACGCCCCCCAUCGCCCCCCAUGGCCCCACGUUCCUCCCACGGCACGCGGGACAUCUUCGGUGGCAGGGAGAAGCUGUCGCUGCUGGCCAGGCUGGAGGAGGCACAAGCCCACGGGCGUGUGAUGGAGAGGCAGCUGGAGGAGGCGGCGAGGAGGUGGGGACGGGAGAAGCAGGAGCUGGGCACGCGGCUGCUGGAGCGGGAGCACGGCUUUGGGGGCUCGGCACCCCGCUCUCCCCACGUCCCCGUCUCGAAACAACCCCCAGGCUCCACCUUCCCCCCGAGGAGACCCCGGACCCUGGACCCCCUGCCCUAGUGGGUCUUCAUGGGGCAGGACGCCGGAGACACUCCGAGACGCGAAAUUCAUGCUCAUGGCAAAGAUCCGCUGCUUUUAGAAAUGACAGAGCAAAACGAGGGCAAAGCAAAAUGGGGAGGGGGGCAGCUUUCCCCCCUUGUCCCGUGGGGCC